AUUUUCUCCAUAACAUUUUUACUAGUAUUUUUCUCGGCAACCAAACAGGAAUUGGGUUUUUUCAGAGAAACUUUUUCGAAGAAUAAUUUUUUUUUGUGGUGCUAUUUGGUUGAAAAGAGAAAAGUUCUGCAAUGGCAACAGCUACAUUUCCACCACCGCCACCGUUUUACAGACUGUACAAAGAUUAUAUUGAAAACCCUAAAUCAGCUCCAGAACCUCCUCCUCCUAUUGAAGGCACUUAUGUGUGUUUUGCUAGCAGUUACACUACUGAUGAUGUGCUUCCAAGCUUAGAAGAGCAGGGAGUGCGACAACUGUACCCAAAAGGACCAAAUGUUGAUUUCAAGAAAGAACUGAGGUCACUUAAUAGAGAAUUGCAGCUUCACAUUUUGGAGCUUGCCGAUGUUCUUGUUGAGAGACCUUCACAAUAUGCUAGGAGAGUGGAAGACAUUUCCCUUAUCUUCAAGAAUUUGCAUCACCUCCUCAAUUCUUUGCGUCCCCAUCAGGCUAGGGCCACAUUGAUUCAUAUUCUAGAGCUUCAGAUACAACGUCGUAAACAAGCUGUGGAGGAUAUAAAGAGGCAGAGAGAAGAGGCACAGAAACUCCUCAAGGAGGCUCUCGGAACCCUAGCUGGGCAGUAGAGCAUGGAUUUUAGGGUUCAUGUGCUGCCCACCCUGUUAGUUGGGUCGCCCUGCUCGUGGAAUUUUUCCAAAAGGCUCGUAGAUUGCAGAUUCAACUGGCAUCUCAAGAGGGUCUCUUCAUAUGACAACCAUUUAUUUUUUCAUUUUCCAUUUCGCAAACAGAUUAGUUUCUGCACUACGUGUGAAAUUGUAGUUUAACAACUAAAGAAAGCUGCUUUAACAAGUAAAAGAUUGCCUUCGCUGA